AUGGUUGGUGACAAAGGAGACACAUCUAAAAAACAACAAACUUCGUCUUCUCCAAAACCACUUCAUGAAGAAUCAUCACCCUCACAACAAGUUAUUGUUGUUACUGGAACCAACCCUUUCAUUUCAACUCCUCUUUAUGUUUCAACUGGUGCAAGUUCUUCACCCUUUGAAAACCAAUUUGAAACAACAACCUUAAACACAACAAAAAGACCAAGAUAUAGUGGACAAUGGAAGCUUCUACCGUCACCAACAUCACAACAAAAGCAACUUCAAACUCAACAACAACUCACCAUUCUUAAUCCAACAACAGACUCAAAAUCAACAACCCCUUCACCAUCAAAUCCUCAACAACAACAACAACCUUUAGCUGCUUCUUCGUCAGACACAACAUCUUCACAAUCUGUUGAUCAUCUCUCACCAAUGCCUGGUCAAGAAUUAGGAAACAAACAAGAACUAGAACAGCAAGUUCAUCAACAGCUCCGAAAAGGUAAAUAUGUAAGUCCCGUUUGGAAACCAAAUGAAAUGCUAUGGUUAGCAAGAGCAUGGAAAGAACAAUACCAAACAGCUUCAGAUUCAUCUCAACAACAACAACUACAACAAAACCAACAACAAUCAGAGCUUGGAAUGAGUAGAGGCAAAACAAGAGCUGACAAAGACAAAGAAGUUGCUGAAUUUCUAAACAAACAUGGUGUUAAUAGAGACGCCAAAACCGCAGGUACUAAAUGGGAUAACAUGCUAGGUGAAUUUAGGAAAGUUUAUGAAUGGGAAAGAGGUGGUGAAAGAGAACAAGUUGGAAAAAGCUAUUUUAGGCUUUCACCUUAUGAAAGAAAGUUGCAUAGGUUACCAGCUUCUUUUGAUGAAGAAGUUUUUGAAGAACUUUCACAGUUCAUGGGUUCAAGAAUGAGGUCUUCUUCUCAUGGUGGUAGAAUUGGUUCUUCCUUUGUUUCUUGUGAUGAAACUAGAACAAGAUCUCUUCCUCCUCCAAGACCUUUCAAAGAUGAUGAACUUCCUCUAUCAGCUAGGACAAAGCAAUUGACAAUGACAAGUAGUGGUGGUGGUGGUGAACCAUUUUUUCAUAGAGGGAACAUAUUAGGGUUAGAUUCAAUGGUUGAAAUGUCGACGACACCUUGUUCGAAUUCGAAAGAAUUAAAAAGAAUUGGGAAGAUAAAAAUGACAUGGGAGGAAUCAGUGAGUUUAUGGGGUGAAGAAGGUGAAGUUCAUAGGGGAAGAGUGAGGCUACAAAAUUCAAGUUUUUUACAUGCUGAUGAAAUCACUUGUUUUGAUGAUGCAAUGGUGAUUUGUCCUUUGGAAUCUUUUGAAGAUGGUCCUUUGAAAGGUUUUUCAGUUGAUAGAUUUGUUUCUGGACAACAAGUUAAAGUUUUUGGUAGAAGAAAAUCUUCUUCAGCUUCUUCUAGUGGUUUUGCUGAAAGAGUUCAACAACCUAUCAAUAAACCAAUUCCCAUAAGAUCAAUUGUUCCAUUGGAUUUUAGAGAUCCAACUGAAUACUACAUAGAUCAUCUUCUUCAUAUCUCAUCACCACAAUCACUUCCAACAUUAUUCGAACUCAAGCAUUAUCUUCAAGAACCUCCACCACCGAAUCUUCGUUUUCCAUUGCGAAAAGAAGUGUUUGAUGAUUUACCACAAGGUAAAGAGUUUUUCUUCACAACAACCUCUGAACCAUUGGAUUGUAGAUCCAUAAUCUAUGAUAUUGUUGGCCCCAUCAUCCGAAACAACAUCAACAUCAUUGCUAACAAUAACAACCCUAGUUGUUGUACUCUUCCAUUUUGUAGUAGAGAGUCUCUCAUUGGUGUUUGGGAUGAUUGUAUCAAUAGGGUUGUUUCAAGAUUCUGUUGCGAAGAUAUCGUAAUUACUAGAAAGCCCUUUUCAUCGUCUUCAUUAUCAAAUUUACAAUCACAAGACUCAUUGUUGUUGUUGCAAGAUGAAUGGCCUAAUGUGAGUGGUUUUGUGAACAAUUUUUGCUUAUGGAGAGGUGAAGAAUGUGAAGAUUUUAAAGAGAAUAAUCAUCAACAAAAUCCAUCAUCUACUAUCAUUCAAAAGUUACUAUGGAGUUAUUCUGAUUUACCCUAUAUCCUUGGUUACUAUGCAAUUGGAAACAAGGUAACAUUUUGUGCACUUAGUAAAUCACAAGAAGAUGCAAAAAUCAUUAGAACUGAUUUACAUCAAGUGAACCUAACAUCACCAAGUGAAAGAUUCAAAGCACUAGUACCAUGUUUUAGAAUUGGAAUUUUGUUAUCAAUAUUAAGCAAAGAAUGCUUAAGCAUGCAAAAGGGUAGUUUCGUCUAUAGUGAUUUCGAAAGGUAUAGUAUUGGAAACGGUGUUAUAAUAGAAAUGACACCAAACACAUGCAAAAGGGUAUUUUCGGAAAAGAGAAAAUGGUGUUCCGUGAAAGAGGUUUACGAGAUUCUAGAUGAUAGAAUCCCACAUAGUGAGUUUUUGUUUAAGGUUGUCGAAGACAUAAACGACAUGAGUUUGGUUUUUAAGCCGAGAGGUAUAAGAGUUAAACCGUUGAGUAUAGAACAGUUAGUGGAAGCCCUAAAGUAUGUUACAAAAGCUUUGGUCGCAUUACACGACUUGUCGUUUAUGCAUAGGGAUAUAGGUUGGGAGAAUGUUAUGAUGAGGGAGGGUGGUGAGUGGUUUGUGAGCGGCUUCGACGAGGCCGCCGGUGCGCCGGAGUUGAAUAAGUAUGUUAAGGAAGGUGGCAUGGUGGAGCGUGGGAGGCACGCGCCGGAGAUGGAGAGAGGGUUGCAUGGGGUGAAGGUGGAUGUGUGGGGAGUUGGGUAUUUGAUAAUGACAAGUGGGUUGGUGAGUGUGCCGAAGAUGAUGAGAGAGUUGCAGAAUUGGUGUAUGGAGCAGAAUCCGGAGCAGAGACCUACUGCCGCCGAUUGUUAUCAUCAUUUGUUGCAACUUCAGUCGUCUUUGUUGGUGUCAGCUGGUGUUGCCGGUGGUGGUGGGUUGAUGUGA